AGAUUAACCCUCAAUUAAGUCAGUCACACAUUAAACCUUUUAUUCUUUUUCAACCUUAUUUGACCAGACAGAAACAUUAUAGAUCAACUACUACUACUAAUACACCCAUACAGCUAAUAAACCAUCUAGAUACUACGUCCAUAAUCAUAACAUAAUCACAAGAUAAUCACAUCACAAUCAAUCCUCUGCAUUUCCACCAUUUGUCUCAGUUUUGAAUUACAAUUACUAGGCAACCAUACCAAGAAUAUACAAUCUGCACACUCUCAUAUGAAAGUAUAGCUAGAUAUACUAUAACUAUACCUUCUGAUAUACACACACACAUACACAUUACCCAGGGAAUACACAACUUCGUUUACCUGGUAUGAUUAGAAAAGUAUUUAGCACCACUACCCUAAAUAACAGUUCACCAAAGGCCAACUCGUUAUCACCAUCUACAUCAACAAACUUAACUACAAGAACACCACAGUCCAUUCCUACAUCAGCUACUAGUCCGAGUAGCACCAGUCAUAAUCUCAAGCCGAAACCCCCUGCUGCCAAACCAGUGCAAACCCAAAAGAAAAAAAGAUUGACAUCGUUUUUUAAGCGUCUUUCCAUUGAAUGGCAAUACAUUCUCUUUCGACUUCGUUCUAUUUCUGAAGAAGUAUUCGAAUCGGAUGAAUUUGUUGAAGACUUGUUUGUUGAGAGUGACGCGGAAGAAACUUUAGAUAGAAUGAUACGAACUAAUAAGGGAUAUAACUCCACUGAGGAACAGUUCUUGAAGGAUUUUAAAAAGUACAAGAGUUUGGACAAUAUGGCAGAAGCUUACAGUCCAAAAGAGAACCCUCUGGACAGUGCUAAAGUUCAAACUACUUUACAAGAUAUUAUUCGUCAACAAUAUGGUGAUUUACGUGAAGGGUCCGACGACGAAGAUCUUGAAGAGGAUGACACUGAAUAUGACAUUUCAUACCAUGACUUGGACUUAAACCAACUCAGAAAAGAAUUUGAACAAUUAAUAGUGGGAAAUAGUGAUGGAAAUAUUUCUUCUGACACUGAUACCUUAUUCAGUCAAUCAAAUAUUGGAUCUACGUUAUGGGAAUAUCGCAGAAGCAAAUGGUUGGCCAAUAAUCAUCCUGAAAAAUUGGAAGCAAGAUUGAAGUCCAGUUCAAUUGAUCAUAUUCCUAAAGACACGUAUGUUAAGAUUUAUAAUAACUUGAUCGACAAGAGUCGACAGUUGAAAGACAGCAAGCGAAUAAAUUUAAAAGAUUUAAUCAAGAUUAUAAAUGCUGGGUGGAUUGCCCAAGAGAAAUGGGAACGUGCUGGACGGGGCUUGCCAUGAGCAGAUUAUGCAUAUAGACAUUAAUUAAUUAUAUAGACAAUGGCAAUUACUUAAUUCUAAUUAAUUUGAAUAGUAUAUAUUACUUUGUAAACUAUCUAUCUGGCUGGCUGGCUGGCUGUCUGUCACCUUUUGACCAAAGUUAAUGUCUGUUCUAAUAUCCUUAAAUCCUGGUCAAUUAACUCUACUCUUGACUGUAUUUUAUUGAUGAUACUAACAUCUUUAUGAUACAUAAUAGCAUGACAUUCAUUAAUUACCUUGUUUAAUCUUCGCUUAUACUUCAUCAAUUCUGUAUAACUCUUGGCUAAAUCAUUAUUCAACUGUCGAUCAAUUUCGUUAUUUAACUGAUGUAUUGUGGUGAUCUUGUCUAUUAGGCUGUUGGAUGUGCUUGAAUUUGAUCUAAUAAGUGUGUGUAUUGUUGUUGCUAGCUGUUUCGAGUAUGCGGUUGAUUGCCGAAGGUCAUUUAUUUGAUUCUGCUUAGCUUGGGUUAGUAGAUCUUGAUGUGACAUUGUUGUGUCGGGGGGGAGGCCUAUGGUUAGAGUGAUUUAGUUGU